GUGAUAUAAAUCUAAGCUCUCAUGUGUCGUGUACAGUCGGUAUUAAACCCUAUAACCGUGGUGUGAGACCGGCCGUGCUCAAAUAUCGGAGUAACGGCUGGCGGUAUCGGCCCUCUGACAGGCGCCGCUUCGGACAGCCUCUCCGGGGUCCUUGCGCACAUGGCGGCUCUGUGUCAGUAUGCUGUCAGGAGGGCUGUGCUCCAAAUCAAGGGCACAAGGGGGCUCUCAGGUGCACGUCGUGACUAUGAUUUGCUAGUUAUAGGUGGAGGAUCCGGGGGCCUGGCAUGUGCCAAAGAAGCUGCACAGUUUGGAAAGAAAGUUGCUGUAUUCGAUUAUGUGGAUCCUUCACCUAGAGGAACUAAAUGGGGAAUUGGAGGGACGUGUGUCAAUGUUGGCUGCAUUCCCAAAAAGCUGAUGCAUCAAGCAGCGUUGCUUGGAGGGGCCCUGAAAGAUGCCCCUCACUAUGGCUGGCAAAUGCCAAGCGAGGCACAUCAUGACUGGUCCGUAAUGGCAAGGGCUGUCCAAAAUCAUGUAAAGUCAUUGAAUUGGGGCCAUAGAGUACAGCUAGAGGGGAAGAAAGUGAACUACUUUAACAUGAAGGCCAGUUUUCUUGAUGUGCACACUGUACGUGGACAAACAAAAACCGGGAAAGAGGCAACAGUGACAGCUGAAAACAUAGUAAUAGCUACAGGAGGAAGACCAAAGUACCCUACACAUAUUCCUGGCGCAGUGGAACAUGGCAUUACAAGUGAUGACCUGUUCUGGCUGAAAGAAUCUCCCGGAAAAACAUUGGUGGUUGGAGCCAGCUAUGUCUCUUUGGAAUGUGCAGGUUUCUUAUCUGGGAUUGGCUUGGACACUACAGUCAUGGUGCGAAGUAUACCGCUUCGAGGAUUCGAUCAGCAAAUGGCUUUCCUUGUGACAGAUUAUAUGGAAUCAUAUGGCACAAGAUUUCUGUGGGAAUGUACGCCAUCAAACAUAGAUAAGUUACCAAAUGGAAGACUGAAGGUCACUUGGAAGAAUGCAGAUACGGAAAAAGAGGCAAUCGACAUUUUUGAUACAGUUAUGUGGGCUGUAGGCCGUGCACCUGAGACGCAGCAUCUGAAUUUAGAGACAGUGGGAGUGUCUAUUAAGCCAGACACUGGAAAAAUAAUUGUAGAUGCUUUGGAAGCAACGUCUGUCCCACAUAUAUUUGCUGUCGGAGACAUAACUGAGGGUCGUCCAGAGCUGACACCAACAGCAAUUGCUGCCGGGAAACUUUUGGCACGUCGUCUAUUUAAUAAUUCAACCGAGCUGAUGGACUAUGAUAGUGUUCCUACUACAGUGUUCACCCCUCUGGAAUAUGGUUGUGUGGGGCUAACUGAAGAAGAUGCAGCCAAACGCUACGGAGAAGAUGAAAUUGAGGUGUUUCAUGCAUUUUAUAAGCCGCUGGAAUUUACAGUGGCAGAGAGAAAUGCCGCCCAGUGUUAUAUUAAGAUGAUCUGUCUCCGGAAAGAAAAUCAGAGAAUUUUGGGUUUGCACUUCACAGGACCAAACGCUGGAGAAGUUACUCAGGGAUUUGCUCUUGGAAUUAAAUGUGGUGCAACCUAUCGUCAGCUGAUGAAUACAGUUGGAAUACAUCCUACAUGUGCUGAAGAAGUAACCAAAUUGCACAUCACCAAACGCUCAGGGCUGGACCCCACAGUUACCGGCUGCUGAGGUUAAUUUCCAUCCCUGAAUUUAAAAAAAAAUAUAUAUGUAUCCUUCUGUCUGCUUGCAAGAGAGAACUUAACCCAAGAUUGUAAUAUACAACCACGUUUCCUACAGCCACACAGUAUGACAGCUUGCUGGGAUUCAAAGGAUUUAUUUUCAAUUCAUUUUGAAAAGCUUCUGCCAGCACCAAAUUACAUGUGAAAUGCAGGGCACAUUUCAAACCAAUUUCAAAGCAUUCAUGACGUGUCUGAAGUUAAAUCAGGUGGAAAGGAGUUGAUAAGAUGAAGCAUUAGUUUGACAAACUUAUACUACAAACAGCCAGGAGGUGGAACUGCAGGCCAGCCCAUGUAAAAGCAGUAGUAAUCAGAGUUAUGUAAUUCAGAUUUUCAUCUCCUACAUGCCCAGGGCAUGAGCAUUCUCAGAACUCUCUGUUCUAAUUUAUCAUUGAAAUGAUUGCACACACACAAUGUAUAAACUGCAUUCUGCUAUUUGCAGUGCCUUCAAACGUAAGAUCACUUUAUCUGCCAUGACCAUGUACAGCUAUUUGCUAUCUUCUCAUCUCCUUCUAUAAGAAUUUUACAAACUGACAUCUCUUUUUUGUUUUUUUUAGUGUAAAGUGCAGAAAUGUAUCAGAUUGUUAUCUUUAGCUAUGGGUUUGUUCCCUUUUAUUCACUUCCACAAGACUGAAAGCUAAAAUGUUCUCUUGUGCUGGGGCAAUAUAACAUAUGAUAUGCUACCAUAAUAGGGAAUGUUCAUUAUUACCAACUAGAGUUGAUUUAAAUUUCUACCCAAAUAUUAAUUGGAUUUUUUUAUUUUUUUUUUACUAACUUUACAUUCAUUACACAGUUCCAUUGGUUUUCUUUUUGACAGUUGAAAUAUCUAUUCAUAUAUCACAGUGAUGGUAAUCUUUGACAGCCUAGAACUACUUCCCAUAAUGUUGGAGUCAAUCUGUAUAGGUAUAUGGACCGUUUAUUACUUCUUCCAGAAAUUAAGCAGUUUUUAUAUCACUAUAAACUGUUUCAGACUGAAUUACCCUAGUUUUCAUUUAGUAUUCAGUUAUCCAACCAGAUUACAUCCAGACUAUAAUAUAUAUUUUAUAUAGGUAACUUCUUAGAUCUAAUAUUUAAAUAUAUGUUCUAACGUGCUUGGA